AUGGCUGCCUUGAAUGGUCCAGAGGAGCUGCAAAGCAGAGAAAAGCUGGACGCGAUACAGGCGCUUUGCGAGAAGGAGCUCCCUGGCUAUGCCCGGCCCAUGUUCUUGCGGUUCCUGCCGUCCAUGGAGGUUACAAGCACUUUCAAACACCAGAAGGUGCAGCUCAGGAAUGAUGGCAUCGACCUAACGAAGGUCCAGGACCCCAUCUACGUCCUCCACCCCUCCACGAAACGCUACGAGCGCCUGGACGCUGCCUCGUCCCAGGAGCUCUUUCAGCGAUCCAAGCUGUAG